AUGUUGCGGAAGUGCAGUGGCUUGCAAGUGCUGCUCUUGAUCCUGGGGCUUGGCAUCUUGCAUCUAUGGCAGACUGGCUUUGUGCUUUCAAGCCCGGCAGCGUGGCCACGACACAUCGGACACUGGGAGACGGCGGUGGCGGAGAAUUCCACGGAGACCGAAGAGGGUGUAGAAGAGUCGCCGGAGUCUUCCGAGGACCAGGAAGGCAGCAACGGGGCGGCGGCAGUUGGCGAUGAUGAUGAUGCCGCUGAUGCUAUGGAGGAGGAAUUGGAGGAAUCCACCGAGUCCUUGAACACGACACCCACAGCGGCGGAUGCCGCGGCAGAUUUCUUGGUUGAAAAAGCUGCAGAUUUGAAACCUUGGUUCCUCAGAGAGGAAAUCUCUGACCCGCCAGGUUUUGCACACUUUCGGCAACAGAUGCUGUCCGUUCAGGCGCAAGGUAUGGCCAAGCCCGAUUCAGUGAAGUGGGUGGUUUUCUCAGCUUCCAUAGGCUUGGGAAACUGGAUGGCUGGGCUGUCUUCCGCAUUCCUGGUGGCCGGGUUGACAGGGCGAGCGUUCGCAUGGAUUCCGGCAUCAAUGCAUGGCGUCUGUACAUGGAUGGACUCUCCUCUGUGCGAGUGGGCAGAGCAUCCUGCACAAGUGCUGGGCGAGGCCGAGAAAAUCCUGGAAGCCAUGGCGACCAACCCGCGCUCAAAGCAUAAGAGCAGGUCCGUCGAGGUUCUGGCCAUCGACUGGAAAGGCUGCAAGUACGAGAAGCUCCGUCACAAACAAAUCACGGACAAGCCAAUCUUGCUGAUGCUUUCCGGAGUGUGGGUGGGCAACGUCCUGUUGGAGAAUCCAGACUUCCAUCCCAUCAUGCAGCAAGCCUUCCAGCGGAAUCUUGUGGGCCAUGGUCAGCGGGAGAGAGUCAUUCUGGACACGUAUGGCCCUGUGGUGCGCUGGCUGUUCCCACCAGCUGCAGCCAUCCGCAAGGAGACGCAAGGCUACUUAGAGGGCAUGCGGAAGUCCGGUGAUGUCUCGAUCUGCGUGCAAGGGCGUUGGGGCAACAGCAGAGAAUUCCGAGACGCCAAGAGAUGCAUGGACCAGAUGAUGGCUGCCCCCUGGUGGCCGAAGGGAAAAACGGUUAUGCACGUCGCCUCAAUGAAGCACAGCUUUCGGCGCAAGGUUCGAGCUGCUUACGAGCCGCGGGGCGUGCUGGUGACCUGGCCCUCCUGGGACAUGCAAGUCAAGGGCCAGAAGGAUGACGUGUGGGGAUAUCAGGACAUGCUACUCCUCGGAAGUUGCAACGUGACUGUCGUUCCCACUGGGGGCUCUACUUUCAGCUAUGCCGCCACGGCGAUGUACCAUUCUGUUAGUCUAAGGGAUGCUGGAGGCACCAAGAACAACUGCUCGGAUCUGCCGCGCUGGCCCUACGAGCGCCUAUUUCCAGAACCACGCCAACAGCUCGAUCUCGACCACAAGUGCCGCAAGCGCUCGAAGGCUGGCCGGGUUGGUCGAAAAGGUGUGGUACGGCGCUCGAGCCGCGGUCGUCGAGAAAGAAAUUCUGGCGCGUGCGGGGUUGUGUCGUGCUGUUGUGAAGCUUGCUGCAGCACCGAUACCAUGCCUGUGUCGUGA